CAAGAUAAAUUUAUCAACAAACAAAAUAAAUACAUAAUGUAAACCUCAUAAAUAAAUAAGGAAAGCAUAUAAACUGUUUUAUUUCUUUCUCCACCACCAGAUCAAACUUUCACUUUUUUCCUUUAUUUCGUUCGUUAAGUGCAUUUAAAGGUUUGUGAUGAGUGGUUUGUACUUCAGAAAUAAAUAUAGAUUUUUUCGUUGAUAUGUAUAUUAUAUAUCAUUUAAUUUUCAUAUUUUACACUUUAACACUUAGUAAAACUGACGAUGUAUGUUUUAAUGAUGGCACUUGCAACAGGAGAAACUCAGAAAACAAAUAUAGCAAAGUUGCAAAUGAAUGGGCUCCUGAACUUCUUAAAACCAUACAAGCAGCCGUAGAAAGUUAUACACCAUGUGAAAGUUCUAAAUGUGGUUGCUACAAGUCAGUUAUUGAACAUGAUUUGGCACCAUUUAAAGAAGGAAUAAGUGAACAUCAGUUUGAUUUAGCGCGUACAAAAGGUACUAAGUAUCAGGUAAUUGAUGGUAUAGUUUAUCGAGAGAAAGAUUGCCAUUUCCCAGCAAGAUGUGCAGGAGUUGAACACUAUUUGAAGGAGCUGGCUCCAAAAUUGCCCAACUUGGAACUGGCACUGAAUACAAGAGACUGGCCACAGUUAAACAGGGUUUGGGGGCAAGCAAAGGCCCCAGUGUUCUCUUUUAGUAAGAAAAAAGACUACUAUGAUAUUAUGUAUCCUGCAUGGAGUUUCUGGGAAGGCGGUCCUGCAAUUUCCCUUUAUCCGACAGGCAUUGGUCGCUGGGACAAACAUAGAAUAUCCAUUUCAUCUGCUGCUGAUAAGUGGCCUUGGAAUGAAAAAGAAGGCAAAGCAUUCUUCAGAGGUUCAAGAACAAGUGAAGAGAGGGAUCCCUUAGUGCUUCUCUCUCGUGAGCAGCCAGAUCUAGUUGAUGCCCAGUAUACAAAGAAUCAAGCAUGGAAGUCAGAUUCGGAUACAUUAUAUGCGCCCCCAGCAUCUGAGGUGUCAUUUGAAGAGCACUGCAAAUACAAAUACUUGUUUAACUACAGGGGAGUGGCUGCUAGUUUCCGUUUCAAACAUCUCUUCCUGUGCAAGUCCCUGGUGUUCCAUGUCGGAGACAGUUGGCUCGAGUUCUUCUAUCCGGCAUUGAAGCCGUGGGUUCACUACGUACCUAUUAGUGCUUCUGCGAGUAAAGAAGAAAUAAAAGAAUAUAUCCAAUUUUUUAAAGAAAAUGAUUCAUUAGCGAAGGAAAUUGCAGACAGAGGAUUCCAACAUAUUUGGGACCAUUUGUCAGACAAAGAUGUAAAAUGCUAUUGGAGACGUUUGCUGCAAAAAUAUGCCAGUCUUCUAAAUUAUGAAGUGACUAAAGAUAAAGAUCUAAUCAAAGUGUAAAUGAAGUAUUAUUAGUUAAGUCUAUGCUAAGUUAUAAAUAGGUAAUAUUUUUACAAGCAAAUUAAAGACAUAAUAAAACAUUGAAUGGAUGAA